AAUUCAGCAACACAAACACUUCUUCCCCUUCUACAACCUCCUCUGUCUUAUUAGUCUUGUCAGUACUAUAGCAUCUGUCAGACAAUUAGCAUUGGCAAUGGCAGCUCAAACAUUCGCUUCAUGUCUUCUUCUCUUCAUUUGCUUACACCUUCAAGGCAUUUUGGCUGAUUAUGGAGGGUGGCAAGGUGGUCAUGCCACUUUCUAUGGCGGUGGUGAUGCAACUGGCACAAUGGGAGGAGCAUGUGGAUAUGGAAAUUUGUACAGUCAGGGUUAUGGAACUAGCACUGCAGCACUAAGCACUGCCUUGUUCAACAAUGGCUUGAGCUGUGGUGCUUGUUAUGAAAUGAGAUGUGAUGAUGACCCCAGAUGGUGUCUCCCCGGUACCAUCACUGUCACUGCUACAAAUUUUUGCCCACCUAACCCUUCUCUGCCUAACAACAAUGGUGGAUGGUGCAAUCCUCCUCUCCAACAUUUUGACAUGGCUGAGCCUGCUUUCUUGCAAAUUGCUCAAUACCGUGCUGGAAUUGUGCCUGUAGCUUUUAGAAGGGUGCCUUGUGUUAAGAAGGGAGGAAUUAGAUUUACCAUCAACGGUCACUCCUACUUCAACUUGGUCCUGAUCACCAAUGUUGGUGGUGCGGGAGAUGUUCAUUCAGUUUCAAUCAAAGGCUCGAAAACAGGGUGGCAAGCGAUGUCAAGAAACUGGGGCCAAAACUGGCAGAGCAACACCUACCUCAACGGUCAAAGCCUAUCCUUUCAAGUCACCACCAGUGAUGGUAGAACUGUCACAAGCUACAAUGCGGUGCCUGCUGGCUGGCAAUUUGGUCAGACUUUUGAAGGAGGCCAGUUUUAAGAUUUCAACACCUUUUUUACCAUUUUCUCUUCUGGGUCUAAAGUUUUAACUACAAUUAAGCCUGGUUGGUUGAUGGAAAUUUGUAUAUUUA